AGCUCAUCGCUGUGGCUGCUUGCAGUUCGUGCGAGGUGAGAGAUGGUGGUGGACCGGUGAGGGCUCCGAGGGGACAGGUGGCCCUGGGAGCCGACGGAGGAGCGGGAGAGCUGCGGAUAUGCAGGAAGGGAGGAAAAGAUGUUGGAGCUACCAGAUUAUGAGCACCUAGAGGAUGAGACUUUCCCUCCUUUCCCACCUCCAGCCUCCCCAGGGAGAGAAGAUGGUGAAGGAGCUGAACCUGAUGAAGAGAGGAGAGCACCUGUUCCCGUGCCUCCAAAGAGAACAAUUAAAAGGAAUAUACCCAAGCUGGAUGCUCAGAGAUUAAUUUCAGAGAGAGGGCUUCCAGCCUUAAGGCAUGUGUUUGACAAGGCAAAAUUCAAAGGUAAAGGUCAUGAGGCUGAAGACCUGAAGAAGCUAAUCAGACACAUGGAGCACUGGGCACAUAGGCUGUUCCCUAAACUGCAGUUUGAGGAUUUUAUUGACAGAGUUGAACAACUAGGAAAUAAAAAGGAAGUUCAGACCUGUUUAAAGCGAAUUCGACUUGAUCUCCCUAUUUUACAUGAAGAUUUUGUUAACAAUAAUGAUGAAGUAGGGGAAAAUAAUGAGGAUGAUGUAACUGCUGCCGAAUUAGAUCCCUUUGUGACAAACUCACCUGAACGUGGGAAGUUUGCUUCUGAGUCCAGUAGAAGCCUAACAGAAGAGCAACAACAAAGAAUUGAGAGAAAUAAACAACUGGCCUUGGAAAGAAGGCAGGCAAAGCUACUGACUAACAGUCAGUCCCUAGGAAAUGACUUGGACUCACCAAGGGCACAGACAGCUGGAGAGGUUAAUACAAGUGAAGAUCAAAAAGAGGAAGAGUCUAAUGGAUUAAAUGUAGACAUUCUAGAAAAUCCACAUGAUGCUGAGAAUACUGUAAAUGUAAAGGAGGAAUUAAAACGAGAGGAAACGCAACUGGACCAAUCCUUUUAAAAUGUAUCUAUUAACUUGCUCUUCCUUGGGUUUGGGGUUACCAUGUAUAGUAUUUUGUCUAGUUUGAGUGAAAAUCGUUACCUAGUAAAACUUUUGCAGGUUCUUGUUUAAAA